UGAGGAUAUUAAGGAGCAUCAUGACGGACCCAGACCAGACGAGGCACGGCGAAAAUGAACUAAGGAAAGCUCAACAGUUCGCGUCCCCCGAGGUUGGCCGUACUUGAAGAAGGAGAGAUUUGGUGUCUUCGUCGACCUUGCGCGCUGAACUGUUCGAUAGUGGCAUAUUGGCGGGCGCGUCUCUCCUUGAUCAAGCCUUUCUCGCGUUACCUAAUAUCAUUUGAUAACAACAAGUACAGAGUACAGUCACAGCAUCAUGUCUUCUCCAAAGGAUGCAGGCCAUAUGGCCCCAGAUCUAGAGAUCGUCGGAGAUCGGGUCACUGUACAUCCAACGGGCUUCACCGGUGGCCCAGAUGUCAAAGAUGGCAUCACUGAACGGGAGCUUGUGCGGAACAUGGCACGCUUCCGAGAGAACCCCUUUGAGUUCUUGCGCGAAGUCAGCUUGUUUGUGUCAGGAACAGGAUGGCGAGCCUAUGAUAAGAUUAUUGGCCAGCCAAUAUUCUAUCCUGGUUUCGCAGAGAAAAUGAAGUCAAAUAUCCUGAGUAAUCCGUUAUUGAAGGCGAAGAUUACUGAACUGGCAGAGUUGCGAUCGCGAGUGGAAGAAGAACAAGGGUUACUGGAACCCGACAAGUCGAAAAAAGGCAAUGACCCUCGAUUAAGACGAAAGAACGAGAUUGAGGCUAAUUUAAGAGAAGUCGUCGACACGAUGAUGGAAAAUAUGAUUUGCAAAAUGGAAGGCAAAAACUUUAUACGGGGAGCCUAUUAUCUUUGUACACAGCUUCUUACGCGAGCAUAUCAUCAAGGCAUUCAUGUUUCUAGUGAAGAAGUUCUCCGUCUGAGGUCGGUCGCGGAAACCGCAGCAAAAAAUAAGCAAUCUAUUGUAUUUUUACCUUGCCACAGAUCUCAUGUAGACUAUGUAUCCCUGCAAUUAAUUUGCUACCGUCUUGGAAUUGGAUUGCCCGUGGUUGUGGCGGGAGAUAACUUGAAUAUAUCUUUCCUUGGGAGUUUCUUGCAACAUGCAGGUGCCAUGUGGAUCCGUCGAACUUUUGGCGACGACCCCUUGUACCAUACACUUGUACAGGCGUAUGUUGAUACCCUAUUAAAGGAAGGGUUUAAUUUCGAAUGUUUCGUAGAAGGCGGUCGGUCAAGGACGGGAAAGCUCCUACCCCCGAAGUUUGGUAUCCUCAGCUUUCUCCUAGAUAGCGUUGCUUCCGGUCGAGUCGAAGACGCGAUCAUCUGCCCAGUGAGCACACAGUACGAUAAAGUUAUUGAAACUGAAUCAUAUAUUAGUGAGCUGCUGGGACAGCCGAAACAAAAAGAAAAUUUAGUUGAUUUCCUUAAUUCUUCGUCAGUCCUGUCACUCAAGCUUGGUAGAGUUGACGUCAGAUUCCACGAGCCAUGGAGUCUGAAGGCAUUUGUCGCGGAGCAGUGCGCUAGAAUAUACAAUCUCCCCAAUAACGGCGAAAUACAAGUGAAAAUGGGAAGUGCGGAAAGAGGUCGUCUCCUCCGAACCCUGGGAUAUCGCGUGCUCUCAGACAUCAAUAACGUCUCCGUUGUAAUGCCGACGGCACUCGUUGGCACGGUUCUCCUUACGCUCCGGGGGCGUGGUGUUGGUAAAACUGAACUUGUGCGCCGUGUUGAUUGGCUCUGCGACCGAGUUCGUGCCCAGGGCGGAAGAGUAGCGCAUUUCUACAGAGCCCCGACGGAACAGGUCGUUGAUCGAGCCAUCGAAGUUCUCGGGCCAAAAUUAGUCGGUGCAAUUGGCGGGCUUGCUGAACAGACCUUCUACGCGGUGGACCGGUUCCAGCUUUCUUUUUACAGGAAUAUGACGAUUCAUCUCUUCAUCACAGAGGCAUUGGUGUCCGUUGCUAUGUAUGCCCGUGUAAAGCAAGGGGGUGGCCCGAUGAACCAGCGCAGCAGCUAUGAUGAGCUGGUGACCCAAGUGACCUUCUUGUCCCAGCUUUUCCGAGGAGAAUUUAUCUUCCCACCAGACGGCUUAGCCCACAAUCUCGAGAAGACGCUUAAUGGACUAGAACGAGACAAUGUAAUAAAAAUCACAAGAGACCCCUCAGGCAUACCGACAUAUGUCGAGUUAAGCGAUGAAGAACGCCAAUGCGGCAGAGAAAACUUUGAUUUCUACUGCUUCCUUGUCUGGCCUUUUAUUGAAGCAAGCUGGCUUGGAGCUGUAUCGCUUAUGGGACUGACUCCACCCCUCAAUAAUGGCCCCAAGUCGCCUUGGGUUGAUAUGAAAAAAGCACAGGACAGCGCUCAACUGUUGGGCAAAACGCUCUACCACCAAGGUGAUCUGUCAUAUUUCGAAGCCGUCAACAAAGAAACCCUUAAAAACGCAUAUCAGCGAUUUGAGGAAGAAAGAAUCAUCAUCGUCACAAGACCGAGGAUGAAGGAUGUGAAGACAAGCCAAGCGCCCACCAUGAGACUAGCUCCCAGCUGGAUGCCUGAGCGCGAUGCAAAAACAGGCAAACUCCUAGCCCGGGGCAAGCUAUGGGACUUUAUGUCCCUAAUAGCCCAGUCGCGGCGCGAAGGGAAAAACCGACGAGAUGGAGCAACCGUAUCCUCUCGCGUGCUCACCAUGACCGAUUCGGUAGGUCGGGAGGUGUUCAAAGUUGCAGCCGCAGCAGAAGAGUCUGCGGAAGAGGUUGACGUGUCUACAAAACAGCGCAGACGGACGCCAUUGGGCUCGAGCGCGAAGCUGUGAUAACGGAAUAUAUGUUAUAUAAGGGGUCCCUUGGUGUCUUUAUAUCAAUCCCUAUAUAUAUAACCGCUCAUCGUGAUACCAAGUUUGCUCUUGCUUUUUUAUUUGCUUUGGCUAGGUUUGUAAUGCACUGCUUUUUUUUAAUUUCGCUUCUUUGAGAAAGCUUCAAUUCUUGCACUCUACGCGAUGAAGCUGCUAUAUUCUUCUCUCUCUGUUAUUUCUUUCGACUUCUUUCCAUUUUUUGUUUUAUAAAUAAUUGCCACCGUUGAUGCUAUUAAGCGGUUCCUUAUCCGAACACCCCAGGACAGGUAAUUCAACUUGAUACUCUCUUAAUUAAGAACAAAAUUUUUAUGAUAUUCAGAGGUGAAUACUGUCAUACUUCAUUUUCUUCAUCUUUGUUCUGAACCUGUUCGUCAUUAUCUAAUAUAUAUAUCCAUUGCAUCUCUCCUCUCUAUUCUUCCUUCCACAUCCAGAUAGUAUAUUUGAAUACCAGACGAUA